CUGGUUUCCUAGCAACAACUGACAUCCGGCCUACAGAAACAUGGCAAAAUUUGUACUUGCUGGCAAGGCAAAUUGCCCAUACUUUGCCAAAGCUGAACUUCUUGCAGACUUACUGCAAAGAUCUCUGCCGAAGUUCAGCAUCCACAAGAUCUGCAUGCACCCCAAUGAGUGGCAGCAAUGGCUGGAAACCACUUGCAAGGAAAAUGGCUGGCAGCAUGACCAUUCCCCCAUGAUAUGGAGGGAACUUAUCGACCGUGGGGGUAAAGGAAUGCUUCUAGGGGCCUUCAGCGACUUCCUAGAACAUGUACAGGCUUACUAUGGCAUCACCUCAGAUAUGACGACGGAACUGAUGAUGAAGAUUGCAACAGAGAACCUGCAGACACGGGAGCUGUGCAUGAAGGAGGAGGUGUACCAUCAGAGCCUCAUCAAGCCACUGCACAUAUGGAUCAGCAGUGCUCUUAACCCGACCUGCUACAUCCUGAUCCCCCAGCUGUUUGCCCCUGGGGUAUUCCGGGACGCCCCAACCAUCAGCCUCCACCUGUUGGAUGUGGGGGCCAUCGAGGAGGAGCUGCAGGGGGUCCGGAUGGAGACAGAGGACCUGGCCCUCCCACAGCUCCAUAAAGUCACCAUCUACACAGAGCUGGACCAGGCCUUCCAACAAGCACACUUCAUCAUCCUCCUGGAUGACAGUUGGCCUGAGGACAGAGAGGGUGGAGGGGAGGACGAGGAAGAGAGCAAGGUGAGGAAGGUGUCGGAGCGUUACCAACAGUAUGGGCGCCUCAUCGACGAGAGGGCGCACAAGAACGUGGCGGUGAUUGUGGCUGGGAACUCCUUGGUUAAUCUGAAGUGCUCCCUUUUGCUGGAGAACGCUCCCUCGGUCGACAGCGGACGCUUUGUCGGCAUGGCAACGCAACUGGAGUACGAGGCCAGAGCCCACAUUGCUCAGAAGCUAUCUGUGAAGACUGCAGAUGUGACAGAUGUCAUCGUUUGGGGCAACAUCAGUGGAAGUUCCCAUGUUGACCUGCAGAGGGCGAAGGUUUACCGAUACGAAGGGGCCAUCUGGGGACCAUCAGAUUUUUCUCAGCCAGUCCUAAAGAUGAUAUAUGACAGGAAAUGGCUACAGUCUGACUUCCUGAAUUUGGUCAGUUCCCAACGUGCCACUGUAGCCUCCAAGUCCCAGAGGGCCACAGCCAUAUCAGCCACUAAUGGGAUCAUUGCCGUUCUAAAGGCCUGGAACUGCAACUCCUCUGCUGAGGAGGUCCUCUCCUUAGGCAUACUCAGCACAGGACAGUACAACCUCCCAGCUGGUGUAGUCUUCUCAAUGCCAGUGAGCUUCCAGGAUGGUAGAUGGUCCGUGUUGUCUGAUGUAAUCAUUGGUGAUGAGAAGAGGGCCAAACUGCAGAUUGCUGCAGACCAACUCAGGGAGGAGAAAGAUCUUGCAUCAAGGACAAGAAAAGACACUGCAUGAAUUUAUACUACUUUCUGAAGCUCUUCCUGUCGGAGUUGUAAUAUGUUUGUUAAAAAUAAACAAAAAUGCUGUUUUUACUUUUUGAUAAAGACAUCUGACAUUUAUUUGCACAUUAAAGUUA